UCGGAAAAUAGAUCAGGGGGAAAAAAAGUUAACCACACGAGGAGCCACACACGACUGUAACACAUAUAGGCGGCUCCCACCAACCACGGCGACGGCGGCAGCGGCCACGGAGGAGGGCAGCGGAUCAGCGGCGCCGGCGAUGGCGUCCGUAGCGGCGGUGGAGGGCGCGGCCGCGGCGCUCCGUUCGGUGCUGUCGCGCGCGCAGCAGGCGGCGGCGCGGGCGGGCCGCGCGCCGGAGUCGGUGCGCGUGGUGGCGGUGAGCAAGACGAAGCCCGUGGGCGUCAUCCGCGGUGUGUACGACGCCGGCCACCGCUGCUUCGGCGAGAACUACGUCCAGGAGCUCAUCGACAAGGCCCCCCAGCUUCCGGAGGAUAUUGAGUGGCACUUCAUUGGGAACCUGCAGAGCAACAAAGCCAAAGCCCUGCUAGCUGGUGUACCAAGUCUUGACAUGGUUGAGAGCGUAGACGACGAGAAGAUCGCAAAUCGUCUUGAUCGGGUGGUAGCUGAUUUGGGGAGAAGGCCUCUUAAGGUCUUGGUCCAAGUUAACACAAGUGGAGAAGAAUCAAAAUUUGGAGUAGAUCCCUCAGGGUGUGUGGGAUUAGCAAAACAUGUCAAGUUGAGCUGCCCAAAUCUUGUAUUUUCUGGUUUGAUGACAAUUGGAAUGCUUGAUUACUCCUCAACUCCUGAGAAUUUCAAGGCAUUGACUAGUUGCCGGAAGGAAGUAUGUGAUGAACUCGGAAUACCAGAAGAGCAGUGUGAGCUGUCAAUGGGCAUGUCUGCUGAUUUUGAGCAGGCGAUUGAAAUGGGCAGCACAAAUGUCAGAGUUGGAUCAACCAUAUUUGGUGCUAGAGAAUACCCAAAGAAGAACUAGGACAAUUACAGGGUUUUACUGUGAGACCGUGCAUCUAACAGCUGAAGUAUUGGUGGUAAAUAUGUAUCUAUUUCCACCGAUAUUUACCCUUUGAUGUUCUACACAUGUGCCAUAAAUAAAUAAGGAUAUUGUUUUGUCACUGUGUCUCCUGCUGUUAUAAAACAUUCAGAGAGCACUAGAGUUCCAACUUCUAUUAUUGUUUCUACCUGAUUCAUCAGUAGCUUCCCUAUAUGUCCACAUUAAAAUCCCUUAUGUUAGUCGAUGUCAGCGAUCAGUCAGAAAUCCUGAUAUUGUAUUGUUUGUAAUGUUUCUUGGUAUCCUAUAAGUAAUGAACAUAUCCUUUUAUUUC